AUGUACGAAGAAUCUUUAUUGGCCGCUCUGGGACGUAUCCAAGACCACAUUCCCGCCGGUGAUCUUGCUGUCCAGUGGGAUGUUGCGCAGGAACUUGCAUACCUGGAGGACGUGGCCUCGAGGCCGGCAUGGUUUAUACCUGUGAAAGAUGGGAUCUUGCAACGCGUCUUGAGACUUGCUGCCGCUGUGGACGAGAGUGUUGCGCUAGGCUUCCAUCUCUGCUAUGGUGACCUGGGACAAAAGCAUUUCGUUGAGCCUACAGACACGGCCGUGCUGGUUGAUGUUGGGAAUGCGAGCUUGAAAGGUGCCACGAGGCCCGUCGAUUGGAUUCAUUUGGCCGUUCCCAAAAGUCGUGCCGAUGCGGCGUAUUUCGCUCCAUUGAAGCAGCUCGAACUGGGUACUACGGAGUUUUAUCUUGGACUUCUGCAUCCGGAGGACGAGGAGGGGACGAGGGAGAGGGUCAAGGCUGCGUCGGAGUUUGUCGGAACAUUUGGGCUUGCCACUGAGUGUGGGCUAGGGAGGUCGUCGCAGGCUGAGUUGGAUAGCAUUCUCCGGGUUGCGAAGAGUGUGACGGCUCCUAGGAUCUGA